AUGGUAAAAACCUGUGAGAUGAAAAAACACAUUCAGUACGUUCACGAGAAAAAUUUUGAACACAAAUGUGUCAUUUGCAAAAGAGGAUAUCGACAUGCGAUCAACUUACGAGAUCAUCUUGCCUUGAAACAUUUGGAUCAAAAUCUUUACAAAUGUUCAAUUUGUGAUAAAAGUCUUUCGAACAAAGUCAAAUUGGACCGGCACAUUAAACAGGUUCAUGAAAAAUUUGUUGCGGCAAAAUGUGAGAAAUGUGGAAAGACUUUUUCAAGUAACGAACACCAUAAAAGACAUUUGAAGGUACAUGAAAAGAAACCGUUUAGUUGUACCGAAGCUGAAUGCUCUUUGUUUUUCAAAACAGAAACAGCUCUGAAGAAACAUCUGGCGAUGCCCCACAAAAAAUUCAAGUGUGAUCCAUGUGACAAAUACUUCCUUUAUGGUACAACUUUAAGGCUACAUACCAAGAAAAAACAUUCUAAGAACCACAAGCUACAAAAAUGUGAUAAAUGUGGAAAAUGUUAUUUUAAUCGACUCUCAUUGAAUAAUCAUCGAAAAACACACGAAGAACCAAAAUUUACUUGUGACUUGUGCGGAGCAAAGACUUUUACAAAAGAUCGUUUGAAGUCUCAUAUGAAAACGGUUCAUCUGAAAAAUGUUCCUCGAUCCAAGUGUGAACUUUGUGAUAAAAUGGUACAAACUCAUAAAAUGAAAACGCACGUUCGGUAUGUUCAUGAGAAAAAUUACACGUUCAAAUGCGUCGUUUGCAAGAAAGGAUUUCCAUCGGCUGCAUCCUUACGAGAUCAUCUUUCCUUCAAACACUUAGAACAAGAGCUUAACAAAUGCUCAAUUUGCGAUAAGAAUUUUGAACAUCAACGUAGCUUAAAUAAUCACAUAAAAGCAGUUCAUGAAAAAGUUGUUGUCGGUACGUGUGGAAAAUGUGGAAAAACUUUUAGAAGCAUCGGAUAUUACAAAAGGCAUUUAAGAGAUCACGAGAAAAAACCCUUUAGUUGCGGCUAUAAUUCAUGUUCCAAAAAAUUUGGAACGGAAAAAGCUUUGAAGGAACAUCUGUCAAAAAAUAGAUGUGACCUAUGGAGCAAAUUCUUUAUGACUUUAGGAAGACCCAUCACAAAUAAACACUCUGAUUAA